AUGCUAUCAUCAUCAAAAUCAUUAUUAGCACGAAUAAUAGGCAGUUUAGUAAAUGGACCAUAUUUUGGAUCAGUUUUUGCGCAUUUCUUUAUUAGCUUUAAUCGAUUUUGUGCUGUUGUAUAUCCAAUGAAAUAUAAUCGAUUAUGGUCAAAAUCAAAGGCUACUAUUGCUGGAAUUUUUUCAUGGCUACUUGGAACAUUCAUAUCUAUCGGAAACUUAUGCGAAGAUUGUUCGCUUAUAUUCAAUCAAAAUUCAAGUUAUCGCUUUUUUUACGAUAAUUCUUAUUACGGUCAAAUUUGCAGCAAUAUUGAUAGUGCAAUAUCAAUCAUUGCAAUAACAAUCAUGGCAUGCACUGAUUCCAUUACAUUGAUUAAAAUACUUGCUUAUCGUGCAACAAUGCGAGAAAAUACGACAACAUCAACUGAUAAUGCUAUCAAUCAACGAGAGGUGUUAUUCUUUAAACAGUCAUGUAUGGUUAACUUCAUUUACAUCGUAUGCGUUCUUUUAUUCAUGGCUCAAUCAUUUCUGUUUACGAAUAAAUGGUUGUUAUUUUUAACAAGUACAAUUUUAUGGAUUCUAUUGCAAUCAGUGGAUGGAAUAGCUUUUCUAAUUAUCAAUCGUAAGAUGAUUUGGAAGACGAGUAUCUGUGGGAGAUCGUCAAUAGUAGCACCAGCGACGACCACUUAUCGGCUUCAAACCACCAUAAGACAUUGA